UUUGUCGUGUCACUUAUUGACAGGACAGGAGGUCAGCUAGUUUUUUCUUGAAAUUCUUUAAUUUUGUCUUGCUCAUCAUUAUCAAGUUUUAUGGAAAACUGCGUCGAUAAUUAUUUCAAUUUUUAAUUAAUCGGAUUAUUCGAAAGAAAAGUGAUAACCGCAGUGUUAAUUGGACAUUCGGAUUCAAAGAAAAAGGGCAUAAAGGGAAGCGUUGAAACAUGGCUACUCAGUCAGCUGGUGUGGUUGUUCCCAGAAACUUCAGACUUCUUGAAGAACUAGAGGCGGGCCAAAAAGGCGUCUCAGACGGUACCAUCAGCUGGGGCCUGGAAAAUGACGAUGACAUGACUCUCACCCACUGGAUGGGCAUGAUCAUUGGGCCCCCUCGCAGUCCCUACGAGAAUCGAAUGUAUUCUGUUAAAAUUGAAUGCGGUGACCGUUACCCAGAUGAAGCGCCCUUGGCUAAAUUUAUUUCUAGGAUCAAUAUGAAUUGUAUUAAUAAUAGUUCUGGAGUGGUGGACAAUAGACAAGUUCCAGUGUUAGCCAGAUGGCAACGCGAAUACACGAUCAAAACAGUGUUGCAAGAGUUACGCCGUCUGAUGACCUUGAAAGAGAACAUGAAACUGGCGCAGCCUCCAGAGGGUAGCUGCUUCUAGCCCGGUAUGGGGUCGGUACCAGCGGCGCUGGUCGAGGGGGGUAACAGGCGGCGCGUCCCCAACAACAACGGCGCAGGUCAACCAGCGGCGGCGCCGCGCUUUUUGGAAUUGGACGCCGAAGAGUACACUUGCGGUGUUUUGUGAUUUUAUUUUAGGGAAAAUCUUGGAGGGGGCUUGCUGCCUGGGGUUUACACACACACACAUGUUUGUUUGUUUUUUUUUUUUGCUUCGUUUGCUACUCGAAAAUGCUAAUUGUGUCUCCCUAAUUAAGUUUUAAAAUGAAAAGUAUAUAGUUGCAUUUUGGGGGGCAAACCAAACUAAAUAAUAGGUUUUUUUAAGUUUAAAAACGUACAUAAUAUUUAAAUAAAGUAACUUAUAAAAUAGCAACCGAAAAUCAUUUAAUUAUUGUAACUAUUCAUGAAAAAUGUAAAUGUAAGUCUGCUAAAACAAAAUAAACGUAAUUUUACAUGUAGGUAUUUAUGGUGCUUUGUAGUUUUUUUUUCCUACA